AUCAUCACUGACAUCUUCUCUUUUUCUCUAUUAUAAACUUUUAUAAGAAAACAACACCAAGAACAUUGCAACAAUGUCUGACACAACCGCCGUCCCUCCUAAACCCAAGUCCAUCGGCUUCAUCAACACCGCCGACGUCGACAACGUCCUCUCCGCCCUCGGCAAAAGCAACACCUUCCUCACCGAGCUCGGCCACUGGAAAGAUGAGGCCCUCUCGCGCACCCGCGCCGGCACCGUCUGGAGCCUCGACGCCUUCAUCACGCUGGCCUCCCGCGCCACGGACAUCCUCGGCCGCCACGGCCUGCGCUUCAACCCGGACUUUACCAUGUUUGAUGUUGGCAAGCAAAAGGACGCGGUUAAGGACUUACCGGACGAUCAGGUGCUUGGCGUGGUGCCGCUGUUUGGGUUUUACUUUUUUGAUAAGGAGAAUACGCGGAGCUGGGCGUAUAAUGCCAUGGUCAUUUAUCAGACGCAUCUGCUGUGCCAGUUUGUUGGCGUGUGAUUUAUAAACUAGCUAUUAAUUACAUUUAUUGCAUGCAUAUUAAUGAAGAACGUUACAUACAG